CUGGCGGCGGCGGCGGCGGCGGCGCUGGCCAAGGAGACGGCCUUCGUGGAAGUGGUGCUCUUCGAGUCCAGCCCCGGCGGGGACUACACCACCUACACCACCGGGCUGCAGGGCCGCUUCUCCCGCGCCGGGGCCACGCUCAGCGCCGAGGGCGAGAUCGUGCAGAUGCAUCCGUUGGGGCUCUGCAAUAGCAAUGAUGAAGAGGAUUUGUAUGAAUAUGGCUGGGUUGGAGUGGUGAAGCUGGAGCAACCUGACCUAGAACCCAAGCCCUGCCUGACUGUUCUGGGGAAGGCCAAGCGGGCUGUGCAGCGUGGAGCUACUGCGGUCAUCUUCGACGUCUCGGAAAACCCAGAUGCCAUCGACCAGUUGAACCAGGGCUUAGAAGACCCUCUGAAAAGGCCGGUCGUGUAUGUGAAGGGGGCGGAUGCAGUUAAACUGAUGAACAUCGUUAACAAGCAAAAAGUUGCCCGGGCCAGGAUCCAGCACCGGCCUCCUCCGCAACCUACCGAAUACUUCGACAUGGGGAUUUUCCUGGCCUUUUUCGUGGUGGUCUCUCUCGUCUGCCUCGUGCUUCUUGUCAAGAUCAAACUGAAGCAGCGUCGCAGCCAGAAUUCCAUGAAUCGGCUGGCAGUGCAGGCGUUGGAAAAGAUGGAGACCCGGAAGUUCAAAUCCAAGCUGAAAGGCUCCUGCGAAGGCAGCUGCAGUGCCCUGGACACCCUCAGCAGCAGCUCCACCUCUGACUGUGCCAUCUGUCUGGAGAAGUACAUCGAUGGGGAGGAACUGCGCGUGAUCCCUUGCACUCACCGGUUCCACCGGAAGUGUGUCGACCCGUGGCUUCUGCAGCACCACACCUGUCCCCAUUGUCGCCACAACAUCAUCGAGCAAAAGAAGGGAGCGCCGGGCCAGGGAUGUGAGGAAGCGGCCAACCAGCUGCGUAGCCGGCAGCAGCAGCAGCAGCAGCGCGUGAUCCUGCCGGUCCAUUACCCCGGCCGUGUGCACAGAGCCAGCCAGGUCACGGCCUACCCCACGCGGACCAGCAUGGAUCCCCACGGGAAUCCCAUCACAGUCCUGACGGUGGACCGGCACGGGGAGACGCCGGCCUUCAUCCGAAGCUACCAGCCCAUCCACUUGGACCACAACUUGAACGCCCACCAGUGCGCCGUGGAGCACAGGGCCUACCCGGCCGCCCACCCUUUCCGCAGGCCCAAGUUCGGCGGCGGCCACCCUUUCUCCAAGCCGGCUUGCUUCUCGCAGUACGAGACCAUGUUUCAGCACUACUAUUUCCAAGGCCUUAGCUACCCCGAGCAGAACGGGCAGCUCCCGCUGGGCCUGGCUGCCAAGGGCCCCUCCCGUGCCUUCCAGCCCGUGGGCGGCAGCGGCAGACUCUUUGCUCCUGUGCUCCACGUGGCGCCGUCCUCCCGCCUGGAGAGCGGCAGCAAUUCCAGCUUCGGCUGCUACCACGGCCACCGCUCCGUCUGCAGCGGCUACCUGGCCGAUUGCCCCGGCAGCGACAGCAGCAGCAGCAGCGGCAGCAGCUCCGCCCAGUGCCGCUGCUCCUCCAGCGACUCCGUGGUGGACUGCACCGAGGUCAGCAACCAGGGCGUCUACGGCAGCUGCUCCACUUUCCGGAGCUCUCUGAGCAGCGACUACGACCCGUACGUCUACCGCAGCAAAAGCCCCUGCCGGGGGGGCGAGGCCGGCCGAGGGGCGGUGCUACUUCUGGAAGGCCCCCACGCGCCCGCCCCGGCCGCUGGCGAGGGCCUGCCCGUGCCGGCGCCCUCCUCCUCCUCCGCUGGGGACCAGCUCUCGAACUGCAGCCUGGAAAUGAACUACAGCAGCAGCUCUUCGCUGGAGCACAGGGAGGGCCUAGGCCCGGCUCCCGAGGGCGGGGGAGGCCUGGACGCGCUUCCCGGGGAAGCCGGCCGGGCCUGCAAAGGGCCCCGGGAGCAAGCCUGCGCCUGCCGCUUGGAGGCCCAGCACGCGCCGGCCCGGGAGCCCUUGGGCAGGGCCGGCGAAUGCGGCGCCCUGCUCCUUGGCCCGCCGCUUUGGACAGGUUGUGGCCCCGGGCGGGAGCCCCAGGCGGGGCGGAAUCAGGGUCUGUACAGGAUUAGGACCGAAGGGGGGAAAUGCGAGGCCUUGCCCUGCUGCUUCUAUGAAGAGAAGCAGAUGGCCGCCGCUGCCGCUGCCGCCGCCAGCCCCAGCCAGCCCGGCUGCUUUGCCGAGGAUUACGCCGUCAACGUACAGUACGUCUGUGCCGAGGACCCCUUACCCGGCUGCUUCACGGGUGUCUGUGACCUGGGCCAGCGCAUCUCCAUCAUUCCUGAGGACCGAGACUGCGAGCUGGCCCUGCCCUUGGAUUGCCGUGGGAACGGCGGUGGCCCUUGGGAGAGGUCGCACGGAACCGCAGACGCGGGCCGGCUCCGGCGAGCUCCGGGGGAGGCCCAAAGCGAGUCGACGGAACAGCGAGAGGCGCGCUGCCAGCCGAUGGACUUUCUGCAGGAGGAAGCCCAGAGCCUGUUCCCCGGCCCUGCCACGAGCUGUCCAGAGGCGGCGGCGGCGGCAGGAGGCGUGGGUAAGCCGUCAGCUCCAGCAGGCGUGGGGUGCGAUGGGACGUGGAAGCAGGCAGGGAAGACCCAUGCCGUCCGCUCCUUCGACGUGCCUGCUGUGGCUGCAGCUGCCAAGCUAGGUUAG